AUGCCAUUCGGAGAUAUCCAACUCAACGACGGUCGAAAGAUUCCCGCUAUUGGCUUUGGCUCUUGGAAGAUUCCCAAGGACGUCUGUACCGGUCAGGUAGAUCAAGCGAUUGACGUCGGGUUUGAUCAUCUCGAUACUGCUCAAGUGUAUCGGAACGAGGAGGAAGUGGGCAAAGCGUUCAAAGAAAGUGGUCUUUCACGAAAGGAUGUGUGGAUCACCACCAAAUGGAGUGGAGUAGAUGACAAGGACCCAAAGACUUCGGUCGAAGAGAGCUUGUCCAAAUUGGGGAUUGACUAUAUCGAUCUUUACCUUAUUCAUCACCCUAGACUUUGUAAAGGAGAUAUUGAGGGUACUUGGAAGAAAAUGGAGGAAUUGAAGAAGCUGGGAUACGUGAAGUCUCUUGGUGUUUCCAACUUUACCAAAGAUGAUCUCAAAGAACUUCUGGCUACAGCGACCAUCAAACCUGUGGUCAACCAGAUUCUUCUUCACCCUUACGUCAUCUCCUCUACCACUCCUCUCCUUGAGUACAUGGCUACUCAUCAUGUCGUUCCUGAGGGAUACUCCUCUUUGAUUCCCCUCACAUCUAAGCCAGGUGGUCCAGUUGAUAAGCCCAUGAAUGAGAUCGCGAAGAGAUUGAACGUCAAGCCCGAGCAGGUUCUCCUCGCAUGGUCAAAGGCUAAAGGCGCCAUCAUCGUAACUACUUCGUCGAAGAAGGAACGACUGGAAAGUUACCUUGACGUGGGAGAUAUUACUCUCACUAAAGACGAUAUCAAGGCGCUCGACCAUGCAGGGGCUAAAGGCGAGCUCUGGCAGGCAAGAAAGCAAAAGAUGGCUGUGGCUGCUAAGUAUAUCGCCGCCGCUGGUCUCUUGGGCUACCUCGUGUUCUCCAAAAUGUGA